AUUGUCCUAUGAGGCUGCAUAACCCCUGACUCUCUGUCUGGACAGCCCUUAUUGACCCUGUGCUGAUCACAUGCUCUCUUCCAAAAAAACCCCCCAAAAACCUCUCUAGCAAUACACACCAAACUGAGCAUUUGCAGCUUGUCCCCAAGUCCUUGUUCUAUCUGGAGAUGAAGUGGGGACUUGAAGACAGGAUCAAACAUCCUUUUUACACAAUGCAGAGGAUUAACCCCUUAGGUUUCACAGUGAAUACAACAAGCAAGCUUUACUGCAUAUACAGACUGAUUUUACUGUUGUGGGUUUAG